UUGUUGCCGUGUGUUGUUGUUGUCGUGGUUGUUGUUGUUUGAGUCGUACUGGGCGACUCUUCGUGGCUGUAACUACUCGUAGAGGGCGCGUGUUUCGUCUGUGGUCGCGCUGCGCCGCGGUUUGAGCUCCCAGCCCAGCGGCCCGCCAUGGGUGGCUCUGAGCCGCGGGUGAUGCGCGCCGGGGGGCUGAGCCCCGAGGCGCGGGUGGCCCGCAUCGCGCAGGACAUGGCCCAGCGGCGGGAGGCGCAGGGCCGCGGCGUCCGCCUCGCCUGGGGCCUCCUGCACCUCUCGCUGGCCGCCAUCGCCUGCCUCGACCUAUCAAGCAAAAUGUUUGCUCAGUACUUUGGGGUGAACUACUUCAUGGUCUACUAUCUGGAGUCGGCGCUGGCAGUGCUGUGCAGCGUGAGCUCGCUAUUCAACCUGUGGAGGUACUGCCGCUGCUCGCUCCCUCAGCCUCCUGCCGCCCCCGGAACCUCCCCGCAGCGUGCAGCGUUGCUGAGCGGCGUGUCUCCCAGGCGAGCGGACGCGACCCCCGUGAGCUCCCCGCCACCCCCCGCCCUGCAGGGUCAGAGCGUGCUGAGCUACAGCCCAGGGCGUGCCUUCACCCCCAGCCCCCGAUUCUCCCCGGCGAGCCCCCUAGGGGGCUCAGGGUUCCACUCUUCCCUCGCCUCGUCAUCUGUCUCCUCGGCCAUGAGCAGCUCGGCUGCCUCCCCUGUGCCCCCCUACUCCUACUCACACCUGAGCUACGGACAGGGCAGCCCCGGCUCCCCGGCCAGACCGAUGGGCGCUACGUCUCCCCUCGACGGCUCGCUGGACUCUUCGGGCCUCCGGCUGCGCUACCGCACGUCCCCCGCUGGGCCGGCAGCGGUGCUGGGCCCCGAGGAGCUGAUCACGGACCAGAAGACGCUGCACAGCUUCAUGCAGGGCGAGGAGGAGCUGCAGCGGAGGCGUCAGCUGGGCAUGGCCGAGUGGAGCGUGCCCGCGGGAGGAGCCGGUGCCUGGGCCUACAGCCAGUCCCCCGCUGAGUGCGCCCAGAGCCUGCGCAAGUACGCCUACCAGCCGGCCUGCCGCUGCAUGCAGCCGUCCGCACACAGCACCGACGAGGCGGACGCCGGCGCCGCCACCGCCGCCGACGAGGUGUGGGCCAAGGUGGGCACGAGCCGGCAGCAGCUGGAGAACCUCGACUCGUGGGUCGCCAGUCUCCGCAACUGGAUCAGCGAGACGAUCCUGGUGCCCCUGGUCAAGGAGGUGGGGACCGUGAAUCGGCAUCUGCGUCGGCUGGGCUGCCCGGAGCUGCAGGUUGGCGAAUCCAGCGUGCCCAGCUUGCGCCAGGCGGUGCUCCUCAAGGCGGCUGCCAUCCCUACCCUCCCGCGCGUGCUGCUCUACCUGGACGUGACGGCCAACCAGGAGUAUCUGUGGGAGAGGAUUAAAGACCUGGCCGAUGGCGGUUGCAUGAGCGCGUUCCGCUGGAACGGCGGCGGAGACUACCGCGGGCGCAAGUGGGACGCGGACCUGCCCACCGACGCGAUGAUGGUGAUGCACAUGUUGUGCACUUACCUCGACUCGAGGCUGCCUCCAAACCCUCGCUAUCCGGACGGGAAAACCUUUACCUCCCAGCACUUCCAGCGCAGCCCCAACAAGCCAGAUGCCAGCAGCCAGCAGGGGCUGUACAUUCACCAGAUCAGCACCAAUCCAGCAAACUACCAGCUGGUGUACCACGGCACGGCGCUCGAGCUGCCCAAGGGACGGAAUAACCUGUUUCACACCAUCCUGAUGUUUUUGUACAUCGUCAAGACAAAGGAAUCAGGGAUGCUUGGACGGGCGAACCUGGGCAUGUCUGGCGUCAACAUCCUGUGGAUAUUCGGAGAGCAGUAGAUACGCCCAGGUGCUGGUGGGCCUCUCCAUUCAGAGCCAUCUACUUGGUGGCUUGGACCUGUCUGACCAGGCUUUGCCCCCUUCCCUCCAUCCGUCGUGCUGUAAGCCGCCACCCCUGCAGAUUUAUUUUACGACCACAAGAAACAUGUGUUUCAGGUUUUUUUUUAUAUUGAAGCGGUCGUCGGGGUUUUU